AGAGACGGUAAGAGAAAAAAUGGGAGGCAGCAUCACCCACCCAGACCGGGAGAAGGGGAGGGGAGGGCAGACGGCGUUGCUUGUCCCUCCAACAGACAGAGGUGGAAGGGAAGUGGGCAUGAGAGACAGAAGAGGAGCACAAUGAAGGAGUGCCAUUGUCCAUCCUGGCAGCAUUGCCAUUUCACCAUCUGCUGAAAGGCAGGGAAAGAGACGGAGGAGGGGACAAAAAAGAGGAAUAAGAGGAGACCGCUGAGCAGAGGAGGAGAGGAUAGAUGGAGAGGCAGUGACUUUGUGAAUUGAUCAAGCGGAAGAGUGGAUCAGAGGAGAAGCACGUUUUUUUUUUGUUUUUUCUGUUUUGUCUUUCCUAUGCCGGGCAGUGGAGGAAAGAAAAGCCAGACAGAGGGAGAGGACGGAUGUUCGGACAGUCCGGGGAUGUUUAAACAUUAAUGUGGUGUUCAGAUGAAUAUGGAAGUCGGCUUUAGAUAAAUGGUUGUGACUUAUCAACUGCAUGCUUUAUAAACCAAAAAAAAAAUUAACUAAUGCUUUGCCAUUUCUUUUUAAAAAGGCAGAUUUGUUAGACUUGAUUUAUACAGAACAAGCUUUUAUUACUUUCCUGAUUUUUCUAUGAGGAAGAAGAUCCACUCGGCAGGAUGUUAUACAAUCGUCUUUGUUAACUGCUGCAGAGAAUAUUCAGGUUGUUUUUAUGCAACUUUUCUUAACGUCAGUUUGUCUUCAAAAGGCAGGCGGCGUGGUUGUUCUUUUAUACUGUAAAUCUCAGUUUUCUUACUGUUCUUAAAAUAUUCUCAGUUUUAAACGCUCCAGUUGGAGUCGGUGCAUUCAGCCAGUGGAGAUGUCAACAUUGAUUGGGUUUUAUGGCUGGCGUGAUGUCGGUCAAACUUUGAUCAUUUCCUGAACUGUAUUGAUCUAAAAGAGUCUGUAGUUCUCUUGUUUUUUCCUGCCAUUGGAUGAAAAAAAAACAAAGCUCUUAUGUGGAGGCUUUGAUGCAACAGCUAAUUGCUUGCCAAAGCGGUUAUCUCUUUGAAGAUUUCUGCUGUUGUCAGGACUUCUUGGUGUAAAUCCUCCACAGGCAUCUCUCUUAAUGUCUGUUGCCAUUGCAACGGGCUGCAGCAGCAGACAGAGCAUGAUGUAAAAAAUCUUUUCUUCUCGUCCUUGUCUUUUUAAAACUGGUGCUGUUACAUUUGUUGUGUGUAUGCCUUUCAUUGAUAACACCAAGUAGGAGAGAUGAGUUUGUAGUUCCCUGUGUUUUCUUUGUCGCAUUGAAUUUUUUUCAAUUCUCUAUUCUGUGAUUCAGGGUUGUUUCAGGUAACCUGUACCCUGUCACCCAUUCGGUAGGGUUGUCUACUUCACCGUUAGGCUUUGUGUGCUGUUGUUAGGCAUGACUGGAUAAAUUAGAUCAUCAUCCUGAUUUCACUUGUACAUAUCAGUGGGUACAGCUGCCUAGCCUUGAAGCCUCUAAUCACCACUCAUUAGUUGUGAUUUGUGGUGGGUUGGUGACUCAAAAUUUGUGUCCAUGUUGUGGGCCGUCAUCUUUGUUGUCACCCGACCUACACUGUGUUCAGUGCACUCACAAAUAUUGUAGGCCCAGGGUGGCUUUGUUCAAGAAAAACCAGAGUUUCCUUGUACUGCUUGCACAUCCACGCAUACUGGAUCCGUUGCCUUUUUCAAGUGCUAAUCUUUUUUCUGGACUCUUAGUUGUUCUGUAUAAUACUUGCCUGGGUAUUUUUUUUCCAGCCAUAACUCUUUACAGCUUUCUGGAGCUCAUCCCAGCCUUUCAAACUGGCAGUGCAUUAGUAGGACUGGAUCCUCCAUGGUGCUUUUUGGCCAACACCAGAUGGAUGACUAGCUAGAGUUGCUAGACGAUCCCUCUGUGGUGCUAGACUUGUGUAGGCGACUGUUCCUCUACCAUGCAUCCAGCGCCCACUUCAAUCUUGAGCACUGUUACUUGAGGCCUGGUAAAUCAUUUAAAUGUUAGUGUGGAAGAAAGGGAUACAAUCAGCUGCCUGCUUGGGAUUACUGAAACUUUGGUGCCAAAUUUAGAACUUGGGUGCAAGUUGUCUGGAUGAAUAAGCCAGCUUUUAAAGCCAGUGCAUUGCAUGUAUGAAUAGUGCCUCACGAGGUGAGCCAGUGGGACUGUGGGUGUAGCAUUGCCUCCUCUUGAGGUCAGACUGUUGCACACUGCUUUAUUGGAAGGAUUUGGGAUUUAAGGAGACUGUUAAUGCAAAGAUACUGUUUGUCUUUUUAGGUUGUACUAUGCAGAACAUGAGAUGUUUAAAGGUGUGUCUGUGCACUGGAAGCCUUGCCUUAGAAAAGGAGUGAAUAUACCCCUGGGUUUGCUCAUAUGAAAAGCGACUGCGUCAACACUUCUCUCAGGUAAACUGGGCUUGCUAUUUGAACUAAGGUGUGCUAAGGCAAGUAGGUCCAGAGUGCAUUGGGUUCAUGUCAAACAACAACGAGCCUUCAUUCAGGGAACCCUAAGUGAGGAAGUCCAAACCUGACCAGUCAGGUUUCAUCACCAUCACAACAAGCCUGCCGGUAGUCACCAUCAUCCAGUGACCUACAUUCUACAGCGUUACAUCACCGCCGUGCUACUGCAGUGUGUGUCAGUGUACCAGACACAGGCAGCAUCUCAGACUCGAUGUACCGCUAUCAAAUGGUGCUUCAGAAAACAAAAAAAUGCAUCCUAACUAAGGGGGCCAGUUUAAGGAAACCCACUUGAACCAGUAACCUCAGUCAGGAACUGGCUCAACUCUGCCAGCCCGGUCUUAAUUACAAACUUUUUUUCUGACAGUUUUUCUAAAGCCACCAUGUCUAGCCUCUAGCCAUCUACAAUCCUUACGUUAGAGAGACAGAAAGGUGCAGUUAGACUUUAACACAUUAGAGCAAGGGACUGUUAAACUAGGCAGCCUGGAGAACGGGCGAGCAAUCGAGGGAGGGGGAGAGGGGGAGCGAGAGAUCAUCUGGAAGAGGAGAGAGGAAGUGGUGGCACGGGAGAGGGCGGAGGCAUUGGAGAGACAGAGGUUGGCAGAGUACAUCGUGUGGAGGAAGAGGGAGGACUUCCAAGAUAAGAAAGGAGAACGAGAGAAGGGAGGAAAGGGCUCUGUGAAAGGGAAGGAGGCUUCGCCAGAAGUGAUCUGGAGGAGGAGGGAAGAAGAAGAAGAAGGGGAAGCAGGGAGGGAUAGAGCGAACGCCAUUCAGAGAGGACAUGAAAGCAUUUGGAGGAAGAGGGAGAGGGAGUGAAAAAGGAGCCAGUGACAGAUUUGCGUUGCACUUGAAAAAGUAGGUGUCCAGGAGACUGUACCAAGUGCUUGGUAGUAGUUGUACAUCAGUAAGCCUCCUCUCUCUUCUAUAGCAGAUCUAUUAUCAACCAGUUAAAGUUGUGUAUUGCGCGUGUAUUGCUGCACCUUAGUUGGUGUGUGCAGCAGUCUCUUAUGAACGCAAUAGGCGCUAAUAGGAUUUUUACAGGCAUAUAUAAAGCAAGGUAGAACUAGCAAAACGAACUGCUUCACACAUGUGCACACAACACACACACAAACGGGUUUAAACUGGCCCACACAUGUAGACAAAUCAUUAACAGGUGUGCACCCCUUUGUGCUUUAAGACACACGAGGGGGGGCGCCUUUAGAGACAAUCACUUGUGUUGAUUUAUUAUGGUGCUGGCGACAGCUGAAUAACAAGCCCUCACUCAGAGAUGAUUUAGGCGGGACGAGAAUCUUACCGAUAUUGUUUUCUGUCCAAACACCAAGAGGAACACUCUGUGGAGAGCUAAGAACUCAUCUUCAUCUAUUCAGGGGAACUGAACAAACUGCAACUUUACAUAAGAACUGAGGACAACAUGAGCUGUAUUGGUGCACUAAUAAACUAUUUUCAUCUUUAUUCCAACUUCAUCGUGGAGGCGGCGCUUCCCCAAUGCACAGUCUCCCAUCUCGCGCCCGUCGUGGAAGGAGCCAAUUUUAACGCAGUUUGUUUUUGGCUGCCUGGUAACGAUUGGAGGACAGACAACCAGACAGAUGGACGGAGAGCUCUUGCAGUGAGCAAGACGGACAGAUGGUUGUAUGUCCUUUUCUGAGGGAAACUUUGAAUUGUGAGACAAAAAGACUUCAAAUUGCUGCAGACAGUGUGGACUUAAAAUCAUACCCCGCAUAAAUAUGGAGCUUGUGCAGAAAACCAAGUACACCCACAUUCGGAGUGAGUCGUUGAGCUCAACCGACGAAACAAACUCCAACCCAUCGUCGUUCCCACCUUCCAGCCCUGCCACCCCUCUGUCCCCCUCACCAGGUUUACCUUCGUCCCUCUCCUCCUCGUCUCUCACUCCCAUCUUGCCCCCCACCUCUCCCCGACCGGCUGAGAACAGCCCUACCACCCUCUGCUCCUUCUUCCCUAGUAUUAGAUCCCUUCGUCUGGGUGUCUCUGCGACCCUUCUCCCAGGACCCAGGGCCACAAGCCGGUCACACACAGCUCAGGCGCCUGUUGAGUCGUCUGGAGAUGACAGGAGCAACUCUAGCUCCUCUCCUCCUCUUCAUCAACAUGUCGCCCUCCUAACUGCUCCCUGUCCCCCUCCCCGACCUCCUUCGCAGGACAUGAACCGGCUUGCAGGGGCGUCCAGAAGGGCACGGGUGGAAGGAGGCCAGCUGGGAGGCGAUGAAUGGACGCGCCAUGGCUCUUUUGUCAACAAGCCCACCCGUGGUUGGCUGCAUUCAGACAAUGUGGUCAGCACCACUGGAGUUUCCUAUACUGUACGGUACAUGGGUUGUGUGGAGGUGCUCCAGUCAAUGAGAGCUCUUGACUUCAGCACCAGAACUCAGGUCACCAGGGAGGCUAUAGCUGUGGUUUGCGAGGCGGUACCUGGAGCCAAAGGAGCCCGCAGGAGAAAGCCUUCUUCUCGCGGUCUGACGUCCAUCCUGGGGAAAAGCAACCUGCAGUUUGCAGGCAUGACAAUCAGCCUCACCAUCUCGACUGGCAGCCUCAAUCUACUGGCCUCCGACUGCAAACAGAUUAUCGCCAACCAUCACAUGCAGUCCAUCUCCUUCGCUUCUGGAGGAGACCCAGAUACAGCUGAGUACGUAGCAUAUGUGGCCAAAGAUCCAGUCAACCAGAGAGCGUGUCACAUCCUGGAGUGCUCAGAGGGCUUGGCACAGGAAGUCAUCAGCACCAUCGGCCAGGCCUUUGAGCUGCGCUUCAAACAGUACCUGAAGAACCCCCCCAAACUGGUCACACCUCAUGACAGGAUGGCUCCAUUUGACGGCUCUGCUUGGGAGGAAGAAGAUGACGAGGCUGUUCCUUCUCUCCCUCCGCCUCCUGCUGAGGUUCCCUACUAUAAUAACUUCCCUGAUAAGCAGCCUCCCCCUGGUGGACUGAUUGACAUGAGGAGCCGUCCAGGAGCAACGCUGCCUUAUGGGCAGCCGGGUCAGAGCGACAUUCACAAACAGCCGGUGCCUCCUCUACCAGUGGGUGUUAAAGAAGGAGGUCGGGAGCUGUUUGACGACCCGUCAUACGUUAACGUGGAAAAACCCCGACUUCCUGUAGCAGCUAAUGGAAACGCUCACAGAGACGCUUUUGACAUGAAACCGCUUGACGAUGCCUUGGGAGUCUCUGGACACGGCCCGAUGUCGGUGGUGGUGCCGCCCUCGCUGGUGCAACAGUUGCAGAACGAAAUCUGGUUCCACGGUAGCCUGAGUCGCAGAGAAGCCGAGAGACUGUUGACCCGAGACGGAGACUUCCUGGUGCGAGAGUCUGGGACCACCCCUGGGCAGUACGUCCUUACGGGACAGCAGGGGGGCCAGCCCAAGCACCUGCUCCUGGUCGACCCAGAGGGAGUGGUGCGCACGAAAGACCACCGUUUCGGGAGCGUCAGCCACCUGAUCAGCUACCACAUGGACAACAGGCUUCCCAUUGUGUCCGCCGGGAGCGAGGUGUUCCUGCAGCAGCCAGUGGAGCGCAGGGCCUGAAGCUACACACGCCAAUGAAUUACUCCACCAAAAAUAGACGCUCACUCCCUCUGCAAAUCCAAACAACACACUCCCCAAAUCAUAUGCUUUAAUACGCACCACACUACACACAGCACUCCCAUGGAACAUCAGCCAAAAAAAUAAUACAAUAUGUCACCGGUUUCUCAGUAAAAAAAACAAAAAAAAAACAUUACUUUCUUAUUGCUGUCGCCACAUGUUCUGCCAAACUGUGACCUGCAGACUCUCAUCAACUGUAUGAACUGUCAGACUCGUCCAUCUAAUGCAGAGAGGCACGGAUGCAUUUUCUUUAACUACUGUGAACCAGGGAGGCCCUUCACCAAGAUCACAGCAGGGCAGAAAACAGAUGCAAUUUCUUUUUUUCUUUUAAUGCGGUUGAAAGGAAGAAGAAAGGAAAAAAAAAACAGAAGUGCUUAGAAAUACGUGGAAAUGUGUCCUAAAACUGUUGAACUGUGGAGGAUGGAGGAACAGACUUGGACUGAGAGGGGAAACGGUGCCUCCUCGGAGCGUCGCUGGGGAAUUUUAGAUGAAAAGGCGCAAACCAGGCGGUUUCAGAGACUUCACCGAUUUCCGACUCGCCCUUCAAGUCUCCCUGGAGAAGCGGAGUCCGAAAAAGAUUGGGCAGAUGAUUAUGCAUACACGAGUCUGCAUCCUGUCUUAUCAGGAGCGCCGCCCCCACCUUCAGUCACUCCUGUUUGAGGACUUUGGACCUUGGAGGAAAGCAUGUAUGCAAAAGCUAUGCUAAAGGCCCUCAUAUCUUUUAUUCUGUUGUGUGUGUUUUGUUCUGAUAUCGUGAGUCAAAUCACUCAGUGGACAUUUGGAGUACAGGAAGAAAAACAGCUGUAUCUCCCCAAUCCUUUUGCACACACAUGCAUAUGUAUAUACACACCUUUACACACCACACACACACACACUCACGUCAUGCCAAAGAUCAUAAACUUGGUUGCUAUUAGCUUAAAAAAAAAAAAAAAAGGAAGCCAUGACUAUUAUUAGCAGUUUUGUCUAGGCAUGGGCUGGGAUUAGAUUCUCGUGGCGCGAGGAUCUUCUGGAAAAACAAAAAGUAACAGAAGAUCCGUUAUUCCUACUGCUGCUAGAAUGAUAUACUAUAUGAUUAACGGUUAAAAUGACGUGAAAACAUCUAUUUUAUUGCUAAAAUAAGGAAAAUUAUCACCUGCUAAGUUUAGAACCAUCCUUUAAAAGCAUUUUUUUUUUUUUUGGCACAGAAAAUUAUACCGUUGUGCAGGGCAGCUCUUUUCUAAAUGAACAGGCGGGUGACGAGCUAGUUGGUGCAUCAAGUUGGACAGUCAGAUGCUCUCUGACUGUCCACCUAGCAGAAAUGCUGCUAUCAGGUUAACAAUUACCUUCAUAAAGGUGAUGGGAGGGGGCGUUCGCCAUUGAAGUUGUCUUUCUUAAGCCCUGAAAGAAAUGUAGCACCUUUUUUUUUUUUUUUUUUUUACAAUCAGCCAGCUGACCGGCAGUGGGCAGCAACAGGUAGAGGAGGAAGCAGCUUUUUUUUCUACCCGUUGCUCUUCACAUCUGAGGAAAAUGUAAAGAAAUUUAAACUGCAGGCACGGCUAAUGGAAAAAAUUUAUCGGUUUUUGAAACGGUUGCAUUUCAUCAGCUUUUUUCCUUUUUCUCUUUGUCAGCUGGCUGGCAGUGUGCAGCAACAGUUUGGGAAGGGACAGUGUUUUUGCUACUCUAUGGUUCUAACAGCUGUAGAAAGCUGACACUUUUUUGGGGGCCGCUUAAGUACUAUAAUACUAGAAACAGCAUGACAGUUUUUUUUUUUUUUUUUUUGGUCCAGUAACAAGUGAAACUUCAGUCACUCAAGCGUUUUCUCCAGCAUCAAUGUAGAAAGACUUUAAACAUCAGGAGCAAAGUAACACACGUUUCUAGCAGCUGUAUAACCAUUCAUGUUUAAACCCUUGGUACACCUGGAUACUGCUUACCGGCCCAUGCCUAGUUGUGUCAUAUUCAUUUUAUUUUUUUAAUGGGCUUGUUUUCUACUGGAGGAAAAAAGAAAAAAUAAAUAGAGGUGAUCGUGCCUGGAUCCAGCAUCAAAGAGGAGAUUUAUGAAGUACACUGAUGUCAGCCACAGGACAAAAAAUAAAUAAAUUGUGCAUUUUACGAAGCAUAGAGGGUGCUGUUCAAUAUCACUUUUAGGAGGUGUUUGCAUCGACAAUCUAUGGGUAAUAUCUUCAGAGUUAAAGCAAAGAGGAGAAACGCUCAGCAGUCUUUAAGCAAGAACAUCCUGCUUGCAAAUACAACGCAGAGAUUUCUGUAAUCGUUUCGUGUAUAAAGAGGGAAUCAUCUUUUUAAAACGAAACAAAGCGGCUCCACGUGACUGCAGGUCACGUUUUUUUUAAAGCGUCGCCGUCGAUCUUCAGCGUGCUGUUUUCAAACUUGCAAGGUUACGAAGAAUGGGGGGGGGGGAGGCGGGGUCGUCCUUUUUCUUCUCCCCUCAGUUCACGCCGUGUUUUCUAUCUUUUCGAUUGUGCCUUGUUUCCUCGAUGCAGUCAUGUUCUUUCAAUGUAGUCACCUUAUGUACUUAAUCCAGAUGUAGUCAACAGCAGGAGAAUCUCUCAGUUUAGCAAAAAGAAAAA